AUGUCGGAGACUCCUCCAGUCGCUCAGCCUGCUUCCGCGGCCACGGAGAAACCUGCGGCUGCAAAGAAGACUAAGAAGCCGGCUAAGGCUGCGGCACCUCGUAAGAAGCCCGCUGGACCCUCCGUUUCCGAGCUCAUCAUACAAGCUGUCUCCUCCUCUAAGGAGCGCAGCGGCGUGUCCCUGGCCGCGCUCAAGAAGGCGCUGGCGGCCGCCGGCUACGAUGUGGAGAAGAACAACAGCCGCAUCAAGCUGGGGCUCAAGAGCCUGGUGAGCAAGGGCACCCUGGUGCAGACCAAGGGCACCGGCGCCUCCGGCUCCUUCAAGCUCAACAAGAAGGCAGAAGCUAAGUCUAGCACCACUAAGGUGUCCGUGAAGGCGAAGGCAUCGGUGGCGUCUAAGAAGCCGAAGAAGUCUGCUGGGGCUGCAGCCAAGAAAACUGUGAAGACCCCGAAAAAGCCCAAGAAGCCUGCCGUCUCGAAGAAGCCCUCCAAAAGCCCAAAGAAGCCGAAGAUAGUGAAGCCCAAGAAGGUGAGCAAGAGCCCCGCCAAGGCGAAGGCGGUGAAGCCCAAGUCUGCCAAGGCGAAGGUGACAAAACCGAAGACCGCGGCUAAACCCAAGAAGGCGGCGCCCAAGAAAAAGUGAACAGUUCGGUUGGAGGCUUUUUUCCAGUAACCCAACGGCUCUUUUCAGAGCCACCUACAA